AAAUACUUUUUAAAGAUGUUAAAGUUUAUUUAAGAGUCAUUGAAGAAUUUUUUUAUACUUGUAAAAGCAAUGAAAAUUAACUUAGAAUUGUCGAUUGUCAUGUAUAGAGAAAGUGACGAGAAACGAUGUGUGAACAGACGUUGCAAGCAGAACAAAAAGUCAUCACGACUGCAAAAAAAUGAUUAUAAAAAGUCAUUUUUUAAUCAAUAACAAUUUACUUAAAUGUCACUUUGACGUUACCUGUGGCUCGUUGUUCUGUUUGAGGAGUAUUAAAUAUUACGAGUAUAAGAAAAAAAUUUGUGUAAAAAUAAAUCUCGAAAUAUAGAACAAUUCUCAGUUUCUGUAAAUUUUGUCAAGUCCUUGAAACGACAGUUAAAAGCAUAAAGCCCCUCGUGAUGACAGUUGGAAUAAAACUCUACCUACUCUCGCAAUGACAAACGCAUGUGACGUUGCGGAGGCACGACACCCGCGUCUUCGUCACGGAUCGAAAAUAAUUCAAGCGCGGACUUUGUACUGCGUUCUUUACGAGCGUCGGCGACGUUCAUUCUCUCGAUACGAGUUUGUGUUGGUAAAUUUUAAAACGCACAAGCACACGAGAUGAUUGUUUGGACUAUGUACUGGAACUUUCAAUUCGUUCGUUACGUAAAUUGUUUCAACAGAACUUGGUUAAUCAGGUAGCCCAUAUAAAUUCAUUUACAAAGUCAAAGAAAAAGAAGUAAAGCAUCUAGUCGUCUGCUAUUUACGUUGAAUGGUGCUAACUAUCUCUUUUCAAGUUUUAAAAAAGGCUGAAAAUUUGUUGACGCGACCCUUUCCUUAAUUGACAGCAAUUGAACACAGAGAAUAUAUUGCAUAGUGACGAUGCAUUGAUUUUGAUUGUAUAAUUACUCGUUUAAGCUCAAUAACAGAUCAACCAGUUGCGAUUGAUAUUCAAUAGAGAAACGCGCGGUCUACAAAGUACAACACGAUCGAACAAAGUCUGCGAAUAUCGCGCUGCGUCGCGUCCUUUGAACUCGGAAUGUCCAUCCAUUUAUUUAAUCUACUUAUCCAUAUUUAUCAACAAUUUAUAUUGCGACAUAAGUAAUGGGUCAUUAUUAUUGCGAUCAUUAUUACUGCGACUCCAAUUACUUUAGCGAUCCCCUGUAACGUGUAACACCGCAGCCAAGCAGUACAAAUGACACAUCUACCGAUAUACAUGCGAGAACAUUAGCGUCGUUAAGCGUCGUUAAGCGCCGAGAUGUUAAUCAUUACAACCGCGAAUUAAGACGUUUACGCCGAAGCUCUCUUCUCAAUAUUGGCAAGUUACAGCCAGCCGAGCUGGCCAAAGUUCCGUCAUCAUCCUGGUACGGCGUUCUAUUUCGGUCGGCCAACCGUGUGCCAAGAUUUCUUCUUUCGGGGGCAGAAACUAAGAUAUGCCCGACGCGGCAUCACGCGUCUACAAUGCAAUCUUAGAAAACCCGCCGUCAACGUAACUUGGCGCGAGACGCGACCGAGCCUCUUGAUCGCAGGACACACGUGUCGUGAUAACGACGACGGCAGACGAAGACGGAUCUACUCGUUACUAAUCACGAUUAACAUUACGGAAAAUAGUAUGUAUAAAGAAGUUCACCAUCGGGAAAUCAAACACGAGUGCUCGCGAUCGGGAUUACUCCACGCGUAUCCCGAUCACUUCAGGGAACCGUGUCUUUAAGACCACCAGGUGAACUCAUGAACAUCUGAACCCUUGUCCCCCUCUCCCCCCCUCUCCGUCCUCUGGUAGGACUUUGUAUAUAGUGUACAUAGAAUCGCUCGCCUAAAAGAAAAGAAAUCCCGCUGGAAGGGAACGAGCGAGCUCGAGGGACUUCUCACCGUCACGCAAGGGAGAUAUUAGCCGGAAAUUUAUUAAAAAAUCUUCCACUAUCCUCCACACGCUCACCUUCAUUUACCAACGCCCAUUAGCAGUGAUAAAGGGAAGAGAGAGAGAUCUUGAAAAGAGAAAAAGAGAGUGACCAAACAGCAGAAAUCAUGAAGCAGGGAAUGUCGGACGACUUCUCGCUUGGCGUGAAACUACUUACCGCGGGUACCGCGGCCUGCAUCGCCGAUUUAGCCACUUUUCCAUUGGAUACCGCCAAAGUCAGAAUGCAGAUCGCGGGAGAAGGGCAAGCCCUGUUACUGGCAUCGGCGGAAGGGCCGGUCCUCGCGGUAAGAGCGAACCAGCCGGGAUUGUUCCAGACCAUCGCGAACAUCGUCAGGAUCGAAGGCGCAAGGAGCCUGUACGGAGGUCUAUCCGCGGGACUCCAGAGACAGAUGUGUUUCGCCAGCAUACGGUUGGGCCUCUACGACAGCGUGAAGUCAAUCUACGCUGGAAUUUUCGACGGUAACAAUAAAAGCGGUACGUCCAUGAACGUCGGCGUACGCGUCGCCGCGGGAUUCACGACGGGCGCUUUAGCGGUGAUGAUCGCUCAGCCAACCGACGUCGUCAAGAUCCGCAUGCAGGUUGGAAAUAACGGGCGAUCAACAGUGAGGUACAGCUCCACUCUUCAGGCAUACAAGAGUAUCGCCAGUGGAGAAGGCGCGAGAGGUCUUUGGAAAGGACUCAUACCAAAUAUCUCGCGAAACGCCAUCGUGAACGUGUCGGAGAUAGUAUGUUACGAUAUCAUCAAGGAUCUGAUCCUGGAUAGCGGUUAUCUUCGCGACGGGAUACCGUGCCACUUGACCGCCGCGACAGCCGCGGGACUCUGCACCACCCUGGCGGCGAGUCCCGUGGACGUCAUAAAGACGCGUUACAUGAACAGCCCCGCCGGCGAGUACAAGGGCGCGAUAGAUUGCGCCGUCAAGACCUUCGUCAAGGAGGGCUCGAGCGCCUUCUACAAGGGCUUCGUACCGAGUUUCUACCGCCUGGUAUCUUGGAAUAUCGUACUGUGGGUCACCUACGAGCAGAUGAAGUUACACUUGAAGAAGCUAUACGGCCACGAAUGAGAUCUUCGAUCACCGAGUCCGAUUAUUCCGUCGAAACGGCGCGAAAAUUAGUUGUAAUCCGUUGUAAUCUCUCUUGAGUUACCUUCGAAAUUUACACGUCCGUACAAGAUUAACGUUCGCUUAGAUAAACCGUACGAAUCAAACUCAUAGGUAAACUCGAUGGGUAAACUCGAUGUUCCGCCGUGCGAUGCAAUUUCACCUGACGAUAAAUAUCUCACUACUGCUUCUUUUUCGUUCGUUUUCCUAAAUGCAAAUGUGCGCGUAUCGAUGUUUAUUGAAUUAUUCAAUGAUAGGUUGAUCAACAAGAAUUAUUUGCACCGCUGGAAAGCGAUCAGCAGAAAGAAAUAGAACUACAAUCUCAUUUGGUUUACUCUAGUUUUCAUUCAAACGUGCACAUACGCACUUACACCGAUAAAAACAGUUAGGAUUUCUUGAUAAUUUAUAUGAAACAAAUUUAUAGCGUUUUUGAUUGCAGGGUUUCAACCCAAUCCUAGGUGAAUUAACAUGGAAUGUUGCUGGAACCGUCCAAUUAGAACCUAAAGUAAGGCAUGUGAUGCCAUUAAUUCACUUCGGAGUAGAUUCAAACUCACUGCAGUCAAAAACGCUAUUAGAUUGCGUCUGUUUUAUAUAUUUAUAAUAAGGCGUUAGGCCAUUUCUCGAUAAGGAUUAUACGUGGAUUAUACUAUGAUUUCACAUCCCUAACGCGCCAAAUAGACAAUAAUGCUGUCGAAUUUCAUUCCGAUAUCUUUGCUUAAAUCUAUUGUAGAUAGAGUCUCGUAAACAACUGUGAUCACAGACUAACGAAUCCUCUUUUUAACAUCGUGUUUUGUAUCGCAAUUUUUUGCAUGUACAACGUAAUCUCGAUUCAGUCAAUUGAUAUUAUCUAGGGCACAAUUUAUAUUGUAAUUUAAUUGACGAAUUUUUAAAACUACAUUGUCAUUACAAAUAAUUUAGUCUGCAAAAAGCAGCGUUGAACAUUUUUUUACAAAAGAGUACGUGUUUGUUAUUUUUAUUGAAAUACAACAUUUGCCAACUCUUACGAAAGGACGAUGCGAUUUGACAUCCGUGUGAUACAUGCGUAUCGAAUUUCGACAACUAUUUAUCUUAAAAUGAUGUAUGUGAAUGUAGUAUACUAUAUGACUGAGCUAUUGACUGCACACAAGAGUCUAUUCAAAAUUAGAUUUUUUAAUAAAACAUUUACUUUAAAUAAUAAAGAAAUGCCGUUAAAAAAUAAUGCAAGCAACAUAUAUUACCAUAAUUCUGCAAACGCGAAGAUAUGCAAAAUACUGAAUGUAAUAAUUUCUCUGCUUUCAAAAUUUCAACACUGAUAUUAAUAUAAUACGUUGCGAUAUUUUAUAAUUAUUUUUAAUUAUUAAAAAAAUGUAAUAUUACUUAAUAUAGAUAAUUAUUUAUUGCGACAUUUAGCAUAUUUACACUUUCCAGAUGGAUUAUUAUAAGUCGACUUAUUAAUUUUUUAUUAUAAAAUCACUGAAGCAAUUUAUUGAUCUUCUAAAUUCUUUCAUUACUGUACGUUGCUAUGUGUUUGCUUUGAAAAUGCCUACAUUAAAACAUUGCUCAAUGCAAUAACACUAAAAAUUUCCAAAACUUAUAAUUAUAAUUAUAUUGAUACGCAUGUAAAGAUGUCAUAAAAAACUGAACAGCUCACUGUUCACGACGAAACGCUUAGAAGGUCUUAGGACAAGGUCUCAUAAAAAUUUACAGGGAAUCACAACUCGUUAACAUUUAUUUCCUAUAUUUAUAUAAUCGUAUAAUGUGUACAAAGUAUAGAGCGAGGUACCGUAUUAGGGAAUGACACAGCUCCCUUUUAUUUUUGGUAUUAUCUAAACCUUUCUUUUACAGAUGAUUGAAAUUUUUCAAAAAUGUUAAGUUCUCUAGGUGCCAUUGUUUUAUCACCGCUAAUAGAUGAUUUCGUGACAUAUUUCCAACUUUUUAUUUUGGAGCUAAAUAACUGUACGCGGCCAUAUUAACUUAAGUAGCUGCUCUCACGUAUUAAAUCUAUAGCAAACAUAAUCUCGUUUACCAUGGAACUUGAUUUGCGAAAUAUUGACUUCCGAGAUACAUACAUAUGUACAAAUAGACUUUACGAAAUGUAAAUAGUAUUUUCAUAGAGAAUAGCUUUAAAUGUUUGUUACCAGUGUUUAAAUAAAUAUUGUUCCGUGUAUCUCUC